UUCUGGACCAUUGUUGUUUAAAUCCUGCAAAAUGGUCUAUACUACUAAUGUAAGUAAUUCAGUUAACACUAUAUAGCACUACAGUUUACUCAAGUUUACUAAAUGCUUAUGUGUACUCAUCAAAUAUAGUUAUAAAAAUAUUUUAGGUAUAAAGUAGAUUAUUUUAAAGUUUUGCUAUUUGACAUUUGGGCUAGUUUUGAUUGGCCAUUGGGCUGUUUUUUAUUACGAAGAUCUGGCAACCUUGCUGCGCAUGUUUACAUCGCCAUGUUGAAUCGGUGACUUGGUAAACGUGAAUGAGCUCGAGAGAGUGUUGUUUUCUACAACUCGUUUACUCUAUUCCCAUCUUGUUUUAAGUUUAAAUCAUAAGUAACUUUCCUGUGUAUAGAACGAUGGGGAAGCGCUAUUACUGCGACUAUUGUGAUCGCAGCUUUCAGGACAACAUGCACAACAGGAAGAAGCAUCUGAACGGCGUCCAACACCACCGAGCAAAGAAAGCCUGGUUUGACAACUUCAGAGAUGCUGCCACAAUUUUAAAUGAAGAGCGGGCAAAGGAACCAUGCAGGAAGUUCCUACAGACAGGAGAGUGUGUAUUUGGUACAAACUGUCGUUUUUCACACAUGUCCGAGAGGCACAUGAAGAUGUUGGAGCAGAAGAUUGAUGCUGAUAGGCGACAGAAGGAGUUUCCUAACGAAGAUGAGUCAUCCUCUAAGCGCAACGUUGAUGAAUGGCUCUCCCGAAGACAGAAGAAACAGGCUGCGUUGACAUCAGGAAGUGUUUCAAAGAUUGAAGAGGAAGAGUGCGUUGAAAACGUUGAGAUACCUCCGUAUCUUCUGUCUAUUCCAGAUCUUCCUCCAUCUCUUCGUCCUCCACCAACUGGUGGUUGGAAAGUGACACUUCAAAAUGAAUGGGGUUGAAAUUGAAAUAAUUUAAGUGCAUGAUACAAACCCAGUGAUUAUGCUAUUUUGCAAGGCCUUUUUUAUACAUUUAAGUAUAAGUAUAAUUUUUCAUAAUUGUUUUGUAAUACAUUUAAUAGCAUAAUGUGGACUUGCAUGAUGAUGGUAUUUUUCUUUUUGUAAAGAAGUUCUGAAAGUAUAAUGGCUUCAUAUGAAGUUUUAACUUUAUGUUGAAUAUGGAAAGAGAUAAAUAGUUUUUGUCUUCA